UCGAUUUCUUUCUUUUCAAUGAUCAUGGCUGCACUCAAGUAGAUAGAGCCAGCCAUGUUUGCUAAUAAUGAAACCCAAAGGUUAGCGAGUAGCUGUUUAUUAUUUGCAUCGUUUUUACCAACAUAAACGACAUAUUUAGUCAAUCAAGAAGAUUCAAUAUAUUGCUGUCUUUGGAUAUCGAGGAUUAUAAGAUGGAGGCGAAUAAUCAUUUUAACUUUGGCAGCCAUCCAGCUGUUCCGACAAACUCAGGGUCUAAGCCUUCCUCAGGAGAUUCUCACUAUUCUAACGGGUCCUCCAUAAGCCUCCCACAGCCUGGGAAAAAUAUGAAGAGUGAGGUGAAUGUUAAUGGCAUCACUACUGUAAAGGGACCCAGCCAGCCCCACCCCCUUCCUUCCACACCGUACACUGUGAUUGGUCAUCGCCGCCACCACAGCGAACUGGAAUACGAUUAUCUGUGGGGCCAGCAGCAGUACAGUCCGCCAAUGGGCAUCGACCCCGGAGCCACCCUGCAGCAGCAGGAACACAGAAAAUCUGAGCCAAACGGUGGGCUGGCGGCCUCCUGCCCACCUAAUGUUACUGUGGGGAAGGGCGGGUACUGGAACCAGGGUAUCCCUGGCCAGCAGCAUGGCACUUCCCCUAACCUCUUGGAGUACAGCUCACACAGGGCCUUCCAGAGUCAUCCUCAGCUCAGCGAAGCACCCCAAAAGGGCCACGACAACCUACAGUCACAGCAGCAUCAUCUGAAACACAAACACCCCCCAUCACAACAGCUAGCAUCCCAGCAAAACCAACAGCAACCAUCCCAACAAAAUCAACAGCAACCAUUUCAACAUCAUCAACAGCAACCAUCUCAACAACACCAACAGCAAACAUCCCAGCAACACCAACAGCAAGUAUCCCAACAACAACACCAGCACCAACCAUCCCUACAGCAACAACACCAAACAUCACAAUGGCAACAUCAACAUCAGCCAUCCCAACAACAACACCACCAAUCAUCACCUCAGCAACAACACCAGCACCAACCAUCCAAGCAACACCAGCAGCAGCAUCCUUAUGGGAUGAUGUUCAGUGGGAUCUCCUGCUUCCACCAGCUGGCGCCUCACCACUCGCACCCUCCGGCUCAGGUGAUGCCCCCAUUUUCAGAGAGCUGCGCCCCCCAAAGCAGUGGCCCUCGACAACACAACCUGGGCCAGAGAGGGUCUGCCAGCCACCUGUCCGUGCAGAGCUCACCUGCUGCUCUGGAGAACAGCACUCCCCAGGACAACAGUGAUGCAGCGACGCUUGCAUUCAACCACAGUAAUGGGCACAUGAAUGAGGGGGGCAAUGAGGCGGACAGCCGUUCCGGUGACAGCGAGCAGUUUUCUGUCACCCAGCGGCUCCCCAAGAAUGAAGGGCUUCCUAUUCCUCAACCCACCUCUCUCUGCCACUCGCAAGUUCGCCACACCUUUGUGGACAAUGGCGGAGGCCCCACGAGCCAGUGGCAGCUGUCGAGGGACCCGCCAUGUGCUUUUCCUUCACCCGCUGAAAUGGGAUCCAGGCGCAAUGCUCCAAAUCAGCAGGGAUCUGCUGCGGAGUCAGACUCUUCCUUAGCAAUGGUAGGGCCUUCCCUUACACCUGGUGGUCAACAGGAGGUGUCCAACAUGAACAUGGGCAGGGAGGUGGAAGCCAGCACCCCCCUGUUCCACUCUGGGGUCGCAGGUCUGGCGGAAACCCAAAAUGGUCCUAUGGUAUCCUCAGGGAACAAAACCCCAGAGCACCCUCCCUGCAUCCCCCAAAACAGCAGGUACCCAGACCACUCCCUUGGGAGCCUCUUCAAGAACCAGGAAACUGCAAACGGAAUCUUCACCGCCAAAGAUUCUGACGAAAGUGCUUCACACCUGGAGGAGACCCUUAGUGAAGAUUCUAAGUUGGAGGAGCUGGAGGAGGAGGAAGAGGAUGUACAGGAUACCCCAGGCUUGGUUGAGAGCGCAGCAGUGGGGGUUUGGAUGGAGGAAAGGCAGAAGGUACCGUGUGACUCUCCAGCCUCCAGCGCUGGAGCCUGUGCAGAGGAAGACCGUGCCUUCCAGGCCCCUAAUAGUCAUGAUUCACUGUGUGAAAAGGAGAGGAAAGAUGACACAGAGGAUGGGUCUGAAUCUCUGGACCCCUCUGAAGAUGAAACUUCUGCUCCCAGCCUGUCUGCUGCCCCGCCCACAUCUUCACCCGCGUCCUCUCCCUCCAACUGCCAAGACCCGUUCUGCUCUCACCCUUACCCCCCCUCCCCCUCCCCGCUGCCUGCCAGACCCAAGGCCAAGAGGGCAAAGAAAGCACCAAAAAUACCCAAAAUGGAGGAGAAAAUUGAAGACCACUAUAGUGAAGAGGAAGAGGUGUCCAUCUCCAACGGCCCAAGGAGGAGGAUAGCCACUGAGGAACAAGUGCAUUUCCCACUGCAGCAUGGGUGGAGACGGGAAGUCCGGGUGCGCAGGUGUAUGAAUCGGCUGAAGGGAGAGACCUGGUACUACAGUCCAUGUGGCAGGAGGAUGAAGCAGUUUCCUGAAGUCAUCAAGUAUCUGAAACGGCAGCGAGGUGGCGCCGUCUCCAGGGAGCACUUCAGCUUCAGCCCUCGCAUGCCCGUGGGCGAUUUCUAUGAAGAGCGGGAAACCGCCGAGGGCACGCAGUGGCUCCCCCUAGCCGACGAGGAGGUGCCCUCCAUAAUCAUGGCCAUCACCGGGAGGCGUGGCCGCCCCCCGAACCCUGACAGGGAGAGGUCCCGGCCCCGGCCCCGCGCCCGCCGCACCCUGGGCGGCCCCGGCAGACGCCCGGGGAGGCCCCACGGCGCCAGAAUGAUGGAUCUGCUGAGGAAGGUGGACGCCAGGCUGCUGCAGAAGCUCGAGGCUCGCGAAAUUCUCAGUGAAGAAGAGAAGGAGAAACUGAAGAAAAUCAGGAGGAAAAUGAAUAGCAAGCUGGUGAAGGCCACAAGCACCGAUCAGGAGUGGGAGGAGCACGGUGCGACCAGUCCUCGGCCCCUGGAGCGGAGGGAGGGGGCAGCCGCGGAGGCAGGCGAGGACACCCCCACCCGGGAGAAGCGGGCGGGCUCGGGGCGGAGCGAUGCGAAGAUGCUGGCCAGGGCGAGGGCGGAGAAGGAGGCCCAGGCUCACGCCGCGGAGGUGGCCAGGAGGCAGGCGGAGCGGAGGGCUCAGGUGCAGAGGCACCUGGAGGAGCGGCGCAGGCAGCAGUUCUUCCUGGAGGAGCUGAAGAAGCCCACGGAGGACAUGUGCCUCGCCGAUCACCAGCCGCUGCCUGAGCUGCCCUGUGUGCCGGGUCUGGUGCUCUCGGGCCGCGCCUUCGCGCACUGCCUCCAGGUGGUGGAGUUCCUGCACAGCUACGGGAAGGUGCUGGCCCUCCAGCUGUCCCACGACGUGCCCAGCCUGGCCACCCUGCAGGAGGGUCUCCUGGGCCUGGAGGGCAGUGAGGGCGAGCUCCUGGAUCUGCUGGUGCAGCUAGUGCAGGCUGCGCUCCAUGACCCGGGCCUGCCCUCCAGCUACCAGUCGGUGAAGAUCCUCGGGGAGAGGUUGGGGGACGUGGAGCUGAACCCCAGCAGCGUGUCAGAGGGGCUGCGGAUCUUUCUGGAGUCGCGUGGUUUCGAGCCGGCCGCGUGCGCCAGCCUGUGCACCAGGCCUUUCCAGGCUCACAGCCCCGACGCUAAAGCCGCCAUGCUGGCCUUCCUGGUGGGGGAGCUCAACGACAGCGGCAUCGUCACCAAGGAAUUAGAUAGCACACUGGAGAAAAUGGCUACCUACAGGAAGAACAAGUGGAUAAUCGAAGGAAAGCUACGCAAGCUGAAGGCAGCACUCGCACAGGAGCCAUGUCUGGAGGGGCAGAGUAGGACCUCCAGGACAGAGGAGACUCUGGAGGAAAGCCUGGAGAGGAGCAGCCACUGCACCGACAAAGAGGAGGCCCAGCUCGGACAGGGUCAGAGUACUUCCUGUGGCAGCGUCCCUGACCUUGAACGGCAGAUCGAUAAGCUGACCAAGCGGCAGGUGUUUUUCCGUAAGAAGCUGCUGCAGGCGUCCCAUUCCCUGCGCGCGGGCUUCCUGGGAGAGGACCGGUACCGGCGCCGGUACUGGGCCCUGCCGCGCGUCGGCGCCAUCCUGGUGGAGGGGUCCGAGGAGAUCUUAGGUUGCCAAGGAGACGUGUUUGUGUCCGACGAAGCUGUUCCAGAUCUUGCUCCUGUUAAGAAGGAACCCAAACCUGAGCCUCAGCCGACCCCGGCCCCACCCCCGCCCCCAGUCCCUCCCCCCGCCGAGGCGGACCCUCUGCCUGGCAUCGCAUCCCUCAUGUCCCGCCCCAGUGGGCGGGGCCGGCCGCGAAAAAUCAAACCCGAGGUGGAGCUGCAUCUGAGGACCGCCAAGAGCCGCCGCCAUCGCCGUAGCAGCAAGGCGGGCCGGGAGGAGGAGGGGGGCGGGGCUUACCCCCAGCACAGGGACGGUGUGAAGGAGGAGGCGGAGAGUCUGCUUCCCAAAGCCCCCUGUUACCCCGCCCUACCCUCCAGUGACUCCCCCCUGACCCCUGCUGCUCCUGAUUGUCAUGCCACUUCACUUUUCCCGUUCAACCAGGUGUGCUCCACCCCCCUCCCAAGACCGGGCAGGAGGAGGGGGGGCGGUGCCGUCGGCCCCCACGGCACCCCCAGGCGCCGUGGCCGCCCCCCCUCCUCGCUCCUGCGGCAGGUGGAGCAGCAGUACCUCUCUCAGCUGGACGCCAGGCCCAUUCCCACAGGGAUGGCGCGCGGCUGGUGGUGGGUGAGGGGCCCCGAGGAGCUGGCGGCCCUGCUGAAGGCCCUGCACCCGCGGGGCAUCAGAGAGAAGGCCCUGCACAAACACCUGAGCAAGCACGGCGAGUACCUGGCUGAGCUCUGCGCCCGGGCGCCCUGCGAUCCCAUGUUCCAGGAGGAAACUGCGACGGGCAGGGUGUCGCAGGCCCUGGCCCAGGCGUGGGAUGGGGAGCGCAGGGCCAUGGAGGCAGAUCUCGGCGUGCUGCAGUGGGUGGAGGACCUGGAGAAGAGGGUCCUGUCGGCCCAACUGCAUGCCAAGGACUGGGCCUUGCCGGAGCCGGACUCCACGCGGGAGGACCUGCGGUACCACGAGCACGCGCUGGACCUGCAGGACGACUGGGUGUUGAAGCCCAGGAGGGAGCGGUGCGCGCUCCCGCGGCUGCCCUCCAACCCCCUGGACCUGGCCGUGCUGCGGCUGGGCCGGCUGGAGCGCUGCAUCCAGCGCCGCUGCCUGAGGGAGCCGCUCUGGAGCCUGGGGGAGGUGGUGCGGCUCGCCCCCCUCGACCCGCCCGCUGGGGAGGCCGUCCCGGAGGACUUGGAGAGUGUUGAGAGUGAGAUCACCCUGCGUUUGCGGGCGUGGCGCCAAGCCCUGGAUCGCUGUAGCAGCUCCGCCCAGCUCUCCCUGUGUUUAAUGCAGUUGGAACAUGCCAUUGCCUGGGAAACGGUGAGUCCCGCCCACUCCCUCUCCCUUGCAUUCCUGCCCCCGCCCUCACCCUCUCACCUCCACAUCUCACUCACCCAAUCCACCCCCCCCCCCCCGCCUUUCUGUCCCCAGGCUAAUGGUGAGCAACGUCAUCCUGCAAAGCAGAAGUCCCGAGCACGCAAGAGGUACCCGGGGGGGCAUGAGCCGGGCAGCUCGGACGAGGAGAACCCCCCCAGGAGGGGAGGCGCGGGCGGAGGUGGGCCGCGCAGGGACGACGCGGGAUUCUCCUCCUCCCCUUAUUCCCGUUUCUCAGGGGACAGCUGCUCUCCUGCCAAACGCCGUCGCGUGACCACCCGCAACCAACCGGACCUCACCUACUGCGAGAUCAUCCUGAUGGAGAUGGAGGCCCACGGUGAUGCCUGGCCUUUCCUGGAGCCCGUCAACCCCCGGCUGGUCCCCGGUUACCGCCGGGUCAUCAAGAACCCCAUGGACUUCCUCACCAUGCGAGAGCGGCUACUGCAGGGAGAGUAUCGCAGCUGUGAGGAGUUUGCAGCCGACGCUCGGCUGGUCUUCGACAACUGCGAGCUCUUCAACGAGGACACGUCGGAGGUGGGCGUGGCCGGCCACUCCAUGAGGCGCUUCUUCGAGAGCCGCUGGGCCGAGUUCUACCAGGACAAAGGCCAGUAGCAGGGGCCCCUGGACCCAGGGCUGAGGGCCUGGUCCCCCCCGGGGGACGGCCGCUUGUGGAACCUCUGGAUCUCUCAUCUCCCACCAUUUUGCGGAUGUUCCUCAUUACCAUCAGAUCUGCUACUGGAGCCCAACCGCAUCUUUAUAAAUUCCAGUCUAACCAUGCUAAAUCAGGGAUUAUAUUCAGGGUUAUGUAUUUUUCUGUGAUUUGGUCGCACUGCUGAUGAAUCCACGGCACUGAACAGUAGCAAUGUUCGAAACCAAAAAGUGAGCUCAGCUUCAGUCAGAAAAUGGCUGCCUGUCAUACUGAGUCCACGUCAGUGCCUUCUACUGAAAAUACAAUGCUGUGGUCUUAAAGGCUAGAAGCAUUUUGUGUGCGUGUAUGCGUGCGUGUGCAUACCAACACAUUGUACAUUGACUGGCUGAGAUUUCUAAUAGCAAUGGGUCAUAAUGAACAUGCACAUAUCAAAUAAUAGGGAUUCUUUAAAUGUCUGGUGGAACAGAAAUUAUUUGCUAAUUUUCAGUGAGUCAGACAACUCAAUUCUGUGACAUUGAGAUGCUGCUUUAUCUAGAAUGUUCUCAUUAUCAGCUUGGAAGAGAUUGUUCUCUCUCAGUCUUCUGGGUUGUUUGCAAGAUGGAUGUUGGUGAUCAUACUAGCAGGUAUUUAAUUCCUCUGCUUUUUUCCCCCAGUAGCUUCUGUAGGCUCGAGGUCUUGUACCAGUUUGUUUAUAUAUAUUCACAGAAAAUGUUUUCUGUGCUUUAGAGGCAUUUGUUUUUCACGCUGCUGCUGGGAAUUGGUUGACUGCAUUUGUACACUGACAGUUGGCGUUCCUGUUCAGUCGAUAUUUAGUUUUGAAUGCUUGUUCGCUCAGUGGGCCCUCGGCUGCAUUUCCUGUGAGGUUUAGUAAUAUGCCCGCCCCCCUCGAUUUUAUUAUGUUUCAACACUAACAGGACCUGCUGCUUCGGCAGUGCUUUCCUGAAGUAAAAUAAAUGCCUUUAAUCUGCGGCAUUCAAAUUUAGUUAAUUUCCAUUUCAAAAGCUGGCGGUCCCUGGCACAGGCUCACAGUUUCGCCGCUGCUGUUGGCUGAGGUGACGGUGCGUCGGUGCGAGGCUAUCUGUUGGACAGUACCCGUAAUGGCCAGCGGGGGGCAGGGGGGGGGGGCACGCAGGCAGUGUGGGGCCCUGAGGGCUGCUGCCUGAGCGUGCGGAGAGCCGUGUCGUGGCUCAGGAGAGCUCCUCUGGGUCCCUUAGCGUUUCCUUCGUUUCGCUCUACUCUGUAGUAACAGACGAAGGUGGCUUCUGCUUGUCCUCAUUCAGAUCUGUGCUGUUUAUUUUUUUUUAUUCCAUGUAUUUUUUUUUCCUUUCCCCCAGAAUACACUGCAAACCUGCACUGAUUUAUCAAGGUUUGUGGAAGAACCUGAAAGGAAAGACAUAGCUCUACAGUUUACUGGCUGUUUAAACGUCUGUUCUUACACUGGUUAAAAAAAAAUACUGAUGUGUUGUUUGUAACUCUAAAGCAGGGCUUUCCAAUCCUAUCGGAGAAGGCCGGUGUGUGUGCUGGUUUUUUUUGUUUAGCCUAGCACUACAACACCUGAUUCAACUAAUUAACCAAUCAUGGCAUUCAAUCAAGACCCCCUAGUAGAACCAGGUGUGUUGGUGCUGGGCUAUAGCUAAAGCCCACACACCCACGCCGGCCCUUUUUGGAUAAGGUUGGGCACCCCUGCUCUACAGGGACAAUUUUUUUAUGAAAACCAAAAUGUGGUCUUUUGGUGAUUUUAAUAAUGUACUAUUUUAUCAUUAGAUGCAUUCCAUUCUAUUUUUUUAGGACCAGUAUCAUUUUUAUGAGGUAUUAAAAACAUGUUAUAUUGAGUUGCUGGGUGGCCCAUCUGGUUAAGGCACUGUUCUUAUUCUAGUUCAUGGAUGGGCCCCACAGUCUGGGAUCAAAUCCAGACCCUGGCAGUGUGAACUGUGGCUAGUAGCCAUGCGGGGUAGCUCAUCAUUGGCGUUAGAGGUGCCCUUUGUGAGGGAGGGUUCAGUUGGUAUGCAUCUCAUUGUUCUCUACUGACCCCUGCUGGUUGAUUGGGUGCCUGCAGGUGAAGUGUGUUCAUCUGACUCGUACCUGCAUAAACCCGACUGCUCGUCUGCACUCUCCCUGCUCGAUAGCGGAGGACCCAAUAAUGAGCGCUCGUUUAUGAUGGGCCUUUCCAAAUUUGGGGGAAAAACAGACGAAUGUGAUAUAACGCCUCUGCAUUUGUAGAACAUUGUAUCGAUGGAACUCUUGUGCAUCUGCGAGUGUUAUACGAUUGUGAGGUAACAUCUGUGCUUUUGCGGAACGUUAUACCAACGUUGUGUAACACCUGUGCAUUUGUAGAACAUGUAUUACGGAUGUACAUGUGCAUUUGUAGAACACGUAUGGAUGUAACACCUGUGCAUUUGUAGAAUGUACUGUGAGGAAAAUAAAGUGUCUAGUUAGGGGCUCUGUCA